CCUCAGUCAGGGGUCCUGAGGCUCGAAGCCGCCGUUGCCGGGGAGACAGCGUCCCGCGCCGCGUCGGCGCCGGCCGUUGCCGAUGGCGGCGCAGGGCGACGGCGGCGCGGGGCGGGCUGAGGCUGAGGCCGAGGCCCAGGCCCGGGGCGGCGGCGGCGCGGAGCCGAUGGCUGAGGCGGGAGGAGGCCACGGCGGGCUGACGGAGGACGGGGCGGAGCGAAGGGGGCGUGUUUCCGGCCAGCUCAGCAGCCGCCUUCCGGUCCUGCUUCAGCGGGGUGGGCGCCGUGCUGAGCAGCGGUACCCGCCGAGCCGGCCCGCCGCCGCCGCCGCCUCCUCGCUGGUCGACAGGGAGAGCCGGCAGCCAUCGCGGGGCCCCGGCGAGGAAAGCGGAGACGCCUACGACAAGAAGCAGGACGAGGACCGGGAGGCGCCGCUCUCCGCCGCCGCCGCCAUGCUGAACAUCUUCCGCUCCAUCCCCACGCAGAUGGACUACAAGGGCCAAAAAUUAGCAGAACAGAUUUUUCAAGGAAUCAUUCUUGUCUCUGCAAUAAUUGGUUUCAUUUAUGGAUACAUCACUGAACAGUUUGGAUGGACUGUCUACAUAGUUAUGGCUGGAUUUGCUUUAUCAUGUUUGCUAACCCUCCCUCCGUGGCCUAUGUACCGCCGCAAUCCUCUGAAGUGGCUACCCGUCCAAGAGUCAGGAACAGAAGAAAAGAAGCCAGCAGACAGAAAGCCAAAGAGACAUGCUAAAAGCUAAAAAAUGUGGUUCUUCACGCUGUUAACUUUGUUAAAUUUUGUUAAAUUUUGUUAAAUGCGUUUCCACUGGGAGAUA